AUGCACGGCGGCGCGCUGAGUUCCGCCCACAACCCAUUUCCACUCAAGCCCGCCGUGCUCUCGUUGUGGACGCUGUUCGUGCAGCUGCUGUUGGCGUCGUCGUGUGUCUCGGGAAAUCAACACGCAAAUCGGCUCUUCGAGGAUCUGCUCGCCGACUAUAACAAAUUAGUUCGCCCCGUGGAGAACAACACGGCCACGCUGACGGUGCGGUUCAAGCUGAAGCUGUCGCAGCUGCUCGACGUGCACGAGAAGAACCAGAUCAUGACGACAAAUGUGUGGCUUCAACACAGUUGGGAAGACUACAAAUUGCACUGGGACCCGGCCGAGUACGGCGGUGUCGAAGUGCUCUACGUGCCCUCCGAUAUGAUCUGGCUGCCCGAUAUCGUGUUGUAUAAUAACGCUGACGGCAACUACCAGGUCUCAAUUAUGACCAAGGCCAAGUUGAAUUAUAACGGGACCGUCGAAUGGGCACCACCGGCUAUAUAUAAAAGUAUGUGCCCAAUCAACGUCGAAUUCUUCCCGUUCGAUCAACAGGUCUGCGAGAUGAAAUUCGGUUCCUGGACGUACGGCGGGCUGGAGGUCGACCUACAGCACCGGGAUGAGAAUGUCGUCUCGGAAUUCGAGACUGUCGAAGGCAUCGACGGGACGCAUGAAGAGCCGAUUUUGGUCGUCAAGGAUGGCAUCGAUCUGAGCGACUACUAUCCCUCGGUGGAAUGGGAUAUUCUAUCUGUACCCGGAAUGCGCCACGAAAAGCGGUAUCCGUGCUGUGAGAGCCCUUUCAUCGACAUCACCUAUGAGAUCAAGCUGCGGCGGAAGACCCUUUUCUACACGGUCAAUUUGAUGAUCCCAUCCGUUGGUAUCAGUUUCCUGACGGCCCUCGUCUUCUACCUACCAUCAAAUGGCGGCGAGAAGAUUUCGCUCUGUAUCUCGAUUCUGAUCUCGUUGACCGUGUUCUUCUUGUUGUUGGUCGAAAUCAUUCCGUCGACCUCGCUGGUGAUCCCACUCAUCGGAAAGUACUUGCUGUUCACGAUGGUGCUCGUCACGCUGUCCGUCGUUGUCACCGUGGUCACGCUGAAUGUGUUUUACCGAUCGCCAGCCACGCACACGAUGCCACGAUGGGUGAAGAAGGUGUUCAUCGAGUUCCUGCCCAAACUCCUCUUCAUGCAACGGCCCGUGCCCGCACCAAAAAUGGCCCCAAAAAGCAACGGAAACGUUCCGAACCUAAAGAAGCCGUCGCAGGUCUCGAAUUUCAGCGUCGGCGGCCAGAACCAUUAUACGAGCGCCAUGUUUGAUCAGAUGGAUUUCCUGUCACCAAAUGCACAGCGACGGACCAGCUCAAACGAACGCGCUUCGUUUUCAUUACCUAGGCAACGCGAAAUCAGCCCGGUACGGAGCGCGGUCGAAAGUGUCGCCUACAUUGCCGAUUCGCUGAAAAACGAGCAAGAGGACAAGCAGGUGGUGGAAGAUUGGAAAUACGUGUCGGUGGUGUUGGACCGUGUGUUUCUAUUGCUAUUCACCCUAGCAUGCGCAAUUGGCACGGGUCUCAUCAUAUUCCGAGCUCCAUCAAUUCGUGACACGACACCAGCUAUCGCC